AUGUUUAAUCAAGGGCAACAGAAUCCCAACUCGGGGUGGAGAACUCAGCAGAAUUCUGGAUGGAGGAACCAAGCGCCUGGCCAAGGGUCGGGACCAAAUCAAGGCAAUCAAUUCCGCCGCCCUCCUCAGCAAUUUGGGUAUCAGAAUCAGCAGCAGUUUUACCCACCUCAGCAGCAGUUCCCCUUUCCUCAGCAGCAGAACUACCCUCAAGCUUACCAGCAGCAGCCCCCGCAGUAUCAGCAGUACCAACAACUCCCUAUGCAGCAGGGGAAUUUUCAGCAGCAGCAGCAGCAAUUUCAGACUGCUCCCCAACAGUUUCAGAAGCAAGCCCAACCGCAGAAGCCGACUCUCGAGGACACCAUGCAAUCUUUUAUGGAGAUGACCAAGCAGAGCAUGGAGUCCCAGUCGGCUACAAUCAAGCGUCUCGAGACAACCGUUGGGCAGCUCUCCGGGACAUUGAACCAGAUGCAGCAGCAGCAACAACCAGGGAAGCUCCAUGGACAAGGAUUGCAGCCUCACCAAGCUCAAGCAGUGACUGUUUUACGCAGUGGGAAAGUGGUGAACAACAAGGUGGAAGCCCCCGUGGAAGAACCACCCAAGGAAGCCCGCAUGGAAAAACAAGUAAAGGAGCCGCUGCAGCCAAGAGAGGAGGACAAGGAGAAAGAGAAGGAGCCCGAAGUGAAGCUCCACAAGGCUGUCAAGCCAUAUAAGCCACCGGUCCCCUACCCAAGCCGGUUGAAGAAUGAAAAGCUGGACCAACAGUUCACCGAUUUCUACAACAUGUUGGCAAAGGUCAACGUGAACUUGCCAUUGCUAGACGUGAUCAGGAAUGUCCCAGCUUACUUGAAGUUCUUUAAAGAGUUGGCCUCCAAGAAGAGGAGGUUCGAGGACAACGAGAAGAUUUUGGUGUCCGAGGUUGCAAACUCCAUAAUGCAACAGCCCUUACCGACCAAGCAACGAGAUCCAGCCGAUAGGUCGGUAAGGUAUCCUCAUGGGGUAGUUGAGGAUAUCCUUGUUCGAGUGGGUGGGUUGAUUGUACCUGUGGAUUUUGUUGUCUUGGAAAUAGGAGAGGUACACGAAAAUGGCAAAGAACAUACCCUUUUGCUAGGAAGACCAUUCAUGGCAACUACUAACACACUGAUAGAUGUUAAAAAUGGCACAAUUAAAAUGACUGUGUUAGGAGAGUCAGUGUCUUUCUCUGUGCAUCAUAAUCGUGCUAUGCCAUCUUCCUCACUCACUAAUGAAUGUUCUUACAUUGAUGCUAUUGAUGGCUUGGCCGAGAUGUUCUUUGUGCAGGAGCAAGAGGUUGUUGAGGUUUUUGCAGGGUCUGCGGACAUGGAGGAGUUUGCCCGUGAGGACGAAGAAAGAGAGCGGGCCCGCAGAGCUAAGCUCCCCAUUGAUGAGGCCGUGGUGAUGGACUAUGCCACGAAGAUGAAGUCAACCUUGGAGCUCAAGGAGCUCCCCAAGAAUCUCAAGUAUGUAUACUUGGAAGGAGAGGCGGAGAAGCCCGUAAUCAUAUCUGCCGAGCUUACGCAUGAGCAAGAGUUGGCAUUGAUGGAGGUUUUGCGGAAGAACAAAGCAGCUUUCGGAUGGGGCCUUGCUGAUAUCAAAGGCAUUAGCCCUGCUACUUGCAUGCACAGGAUCCACCUUGAGGAAGGGGCGAGGCCCAAGAGAGAUGGCCAAAGGAGAUUGAAUCCGGUCCUCAUGGAGGUGGUUCGCAAGGAAAUCCUUAAACUAUUGGCGGAAGGGAUCACUGUCAUCCUUAACGACGAUCAAGAGUUGGGUAUUACCAAAUAG